AAGGCUGCUGCUGUAUUUAGUAGCAGAUAAAGUUUGACAAUUUGUUUGUUGGAUUAUACUUUUAUAUAGAAGUUUUACAAAUGGUUGUUCAACUUGCUUUCAAUAUAACCCUUUUUCCACUCUCCAAUUCCAUUCUUUUUCUUCCUUCUUUUUGUAGGAUGAUGUGCUUUCCUACUUCCCCCCAUUGAAAAACCUACCCCCAUAAGCACUUCCCUUUUUCAAAUUCCUUUUUCUAAGUGCCCAUUUGCAUACUGUCAUUUUUCUCUAUUAUUGGAGUAAUCAAGUUUGAGGAAUAUGCUAUAAGGUUAGGAUUGAAGUUUGAAGGUGAAUUAGUGGGCUUUUUGCCUUUGAUUAAGCUAAGAUAACAUGGGAAUUUUAUGUUCAAAGAGUAUUAAUGGUGAGAAAGUGGAUAUAGAUGGUGAUUUGUGUGUAUUGAGCCGGGUUAUUCCCUCGAGACAAACUGAUUUAGGUGUAGUAUCAAAGCAUAGUAGCCAUGAGAAGCAGUUGUGUGAUCUAGAGGAUCUGCAACCUGAGGGGCACUAUAAGAAUAGUCAUCACAAUAUAAGAAGGGAAACUGACCUUGAUGAUUAUUAUGAUGGAAUUCCUCGUAUUCCGAUGGCGUUAUCGCAUAAGUCGAGAUCAAGAAGUUCUACUCAAGCUGCAGUUGCUAAGGUGUCUGAAGUGAGCAUACGAUUGGGCAGGGCCGGCACCAUGGGGCUUGAGAAGGCUGUGGAGGUCUUAGAUGUGCUUGGGAGUAGUGUUACUGACUUAAACUCGAGAAGUGGGUUUGCUUCCGGAGUACUAUCAAAAGGAACCAAAAUUUCUAUUUUAGCUUUUGAAGUUGCAAAUACGAUCAUGAAGGGUGCUUGUCUUAUGCAUUCCCUAUCCGAGUCACGUUUAUGCCACUUGAAAGAAGUGAUUCUUCCUUCUGAAGUCGUGCAAAAAUUAGUAUCGAAAGAUAUGGAUGAACUUCUUCGCAUUGUUGCUUUUGACAAGAGGGAAGAAUUAGCUAUAUUUUCAGGAGAAGUCAUACGAUUUGGGAAUCGCUGUAAAGAUCCUCAAUGGCAUAACUUGGAUCGUUACUUUUUAAAGCAAAGCAAUGAAGUUGGCCGUUGUAAGCAACUGAAGGAGGAUGCAGAGUCGGUCACACAACAGUUGCUGCUUUUCGUUCAGUAUACCGCUGAGUUAUACCAUGAGCUUCAUGCUUUGCAUAGAUUCGAGCAGGACUUCCAAGGAACAUGCAGGGUUGUGGAACUUAAGAAGCAGAAGAAACUUGUGAUGAAACUAAAGAAAAGAUCACUUUGGAGCAGGAGUUUGGAAGAGAUAAUGGAGAAACUUGUGGAUGUUGUCCUUUUCUUGCAUAUGGAGAUUCAUAGUAAUUUUGAUAAUGAUGGGAAAAAUGAAGAUGCUAUCAUAGGAGUUGAAGCGCCGGUGAGCCAACCCCAAAGGCUUGGACCGGCUGGUCUUGCAUUGCAUUACGCAAACAUCAUUUUGCAAAUCGAUGGAAUUGUGGCUAGAUCAAGUUCAAUGCCCGCUAACGCUCGGGAGUCAUUGUACCAAAGCUUGCCGCCAAGUAUCAAAUCAUCUUUGCGCUCAAAGCUGCAAUUAUUUAAAUCCAAAGAAGAGCUCACUUCACCCGAUAUCAAAGCCGAAAUGGAGAAAACCUUAGAGUGGCUUAUUCCGAUUGCAUCCAACACUGUCAAGUCCCAUCAUGGUUUUGGUUGGGUUGGCGAAUGGGCGAAUUCCGGGUUCGAGACAAGUGAUACAUCUGCCGAAAAAGUUGAUGUGAUUCGUAUCGAGACACUCUAUCACGCCGACAAGGUGAAGACCGAAGCGUACAUUACCGAUCAAUUAGUUUGGCUUCAUUUUUUGGUUACCCAAUCAAGAAUAGCAAGCAAAAGCUUUAGUAUCAAGUCCGCUAUCAAACCCCCUGCAAUCUUGCCCCAGCAAAGAAAUCAGGUUCCCGAAGUAAAGCCUAGCAAUGAACUAUCAAACGUGCUCACAGUCUCAGCGCAAGAAUGUCAAAAAACGAAUGAUAAUGCUGAGAAUCAAACACCAGGAAUCGACAAAAGUGAAGAUCUUGGUGCUAUUAAAGAGCAAGAGUUGGGCAUAACCAAACAAACGAAUGUUGUCGUAUAAUGAAAUAAACACGUGAAAUUUUAUGGGUUUAGGUGCAUUAGCGUAAUGCAAUCUGCUAAUAAGAGCGAUUACGCAAUUUUUGCGUGGAUUUUACACACGAGUGAAGCUUAGUAUAGUGAUCAUGUAAUAUAGAGCAUAGAGAUGGUGCUUAGUGAUUUCUUUGCUUUUUGUUGUAAAGUUGCAAUAUUUACAUUACAUGGGAGAGAAGUUUUAAGUUAGAGUUCACCUUGAUGUGAUUGUAAAGGUGUUUUUAUUCCUCUUUAUGUUUCUUGGCAUCGGAUUUCUAUAAAAGUUUACAAAUUACAAUAGUAUUCCAUUAUCUCAAUGCUAAUGGGUGGCUUCCACCAAAUUUUGAAGGUCGGAUGUAUGAAACGUUACUUUUGUUAGUGAUUCUCCCUCUUAUUCUAAUCAAAUGUCUUGUUUC